CACGGCCGCCGCCGCCUUCGCCCCCACCCCUCGAGCGUGCGCCUCCCACAAUCCCCCCCGCGGGACGUUCCAUUGCGCGCGCCUGCCGGGGCCCGGGAGAAGCGGACACGCCCGCGCGGAUGAGGCUUGCCACGGGGACGGGAAUCUUUUGAGUAGCGAGCGAAGCUUCAGGACCGGCGCCUCGGAUCCAGCCGCUGGAGGUGUUGUGUGCUGGUCAUCAAAGCAGGAGUACUAGUGGUGGACCCGUGAGAGCAAAGACCAUGCUGACAAGAAUAACGCGACUUUCCUCUAGGGCCCAGAAGUUGAACCCUCGGUGUUUUUUGCACGUGAGUGUCCAAGCACCUCAGAACAGCCAGGUUCCAGCUGAGCGUCCCAGAGCUGUUUCCCGCACCAGUGACAGUGACCCGGCUAAGCACGGGGAGCAGCAUGAGGGCCAGCACUACAGCAUCCCCAUCCAGGACCUGAAGACAGUGUUUCCUCAUGGCCUGCCUCCUCGAUACAUGCUGCAGGUGAAGACUUUUGGUGAAGCUUGUCUGAUGGUCAGGAAGCCAGCUCUCGAGCUUCUGGGCUACCUGAAAAAUACCAACUUUGCUCAUCCAGCUGUGCGGUAUCUUCUCUAUGGGGAGAAGGGGACAGGAAAGACCCUCAGUCUCUGCCAUGCUGUUCAUUUCUGUGCAAAACAUGACUGGCUGAUUCUGCAUAUCCCAGAUGCUCAUCUUUGGGUGAAAAACUGCCGGGAGCUUCUACAGUCCACUUACAACAAACAGCGCUUUGAUCAACCCUUGGAGGCCUCUACCUGGUUAAAGAAUUUCAAAACUACCAACGAGCGCUUCCUGAGUCAGAUAAAAGUUCAAGAGAAGUAUGUUUGGAAUAAGAGAGAAAGCACUGAGAAAGGCAGUCCUCUGGGAGAAGUUGUCGAACAGGGCCUGACCCGAGUGAGGAACGCCACUGACGCAGUUGGGGUUGUGCUGAAGGAGCUGAAGACUCAGAGCGCCCUCGGGCUCUUUCACCUCCUGGUGGCUGUGGACGGAGUCAAUGCCCUCUGGGGAAGGACCACGCUAAAAAGAGAAGACAGAACCUUGAUUGGCCCAGAGGAGCUCUCCCUCGUCCACAAUCUAAGGAAGAUGGUGAAGAAUGACUGGCAUGGAGGUGCAAUCGUGUUGAGCUUAAGCCAAACUGGGUCUCUCUUUACAUCCAGAACAGCCUAUUUGCCGCAUGAGCUGCUGGGACAGGAAGGAUUUAAUGCCCUAGAGCCUUUUCUUCCCAUCCUCAUUCCCAACUAUAAUCCAAAGGAAUUUGAAAGUUCCUUUCAGUAUUACUUGGAGAACAACUGGCUUCAGCAUGAGAAAGCUUCAACAGAAGAAGGGAGGAAGGAGCUGAGGUUCCUGAGUAACUGCAACCCUGGGCAGCUGGAGCGGCUCUGCGCCGCACUGUGAGCAUGCGCAGUACAGGGUGCCAGGAAGACCGCAAGCGCCUUCACUCCUCACGUGAGGAAGUCCCAAGGUUCCAGGCUCAGCACCCUGACCUGCACUGAUGGACAUGUGACAAUAGGACGUUCGUUGUCCUACGACUGACACCAGUUUUCUGUUAGUGUUUUGACAUUAAAGUAGAUCUGCCACCAGGCGAUGGUGGCCCACGCCUGUAAUCCCGGCACUCUGGGAGGCGGAGGCAGGCGGAUUUCUGAGUUCGAGGCCAGCCUGGUCUACAGAGUGAGUCCCAGGACAGCCAGGGCUACACAGAGAAACCCUGUCUCAAAAAACAAAACAAAAAAAUAAAUAAAUAAGUAAAUAAAGUAGAUCCGCUUCUGAGUGCUGUAUUAGAUUUACAACAAGGAAAGUUCUGACACUGGCCAGACUCAAUUUCUCAGGCGUUUAGUUUGUUGGCAUCUGAAGAAACUCAGUUCUACAGAAAUUACUAGUUCUGGAUUCAAAUCUUGAUUCAAAUCAGGAGUCCGAGAUUCACAACCAAAUUCUCUCAGGCAGGUAACUUCGCGAUUCCUGUUUGUACUUUCUUGAUUCCACAGAAUGUCUGUGGUUGGUGCUCCAGCCGGGUCCUGGCUGAUGGUGUGGCCAGCCCCUUGCCUCACAGUCACAGAGCAGCCCUGGUAUGUAGCGCAUCAGCACUACUGCAGUUAGAAGGGUAUCUGUGUAGACGCCUGACAGCAGUGAAGACACCGUCACUCAAAUCCAAAUGGACAUUUUACUUGUAUCGUUGUUUGGCACAUCCGGAGGUCAGGACAUGGCUGUGAUGCCAGCCCUCUCCUAUGUUCAUGUGGGUUUGGGAGGACAAACAUUGUCGAGCUUGCAAGUGACACAGCAAACGCCGUGACCGUCUCACUGGCCCCAGGAAACUACCACACCUCGGCUGCUGCCGGAGAUUAAAGGGGAAGAUUUUUAUGGUUA